AUGGCCGCUGCCCCGCUAGAGAGCUCUAGCACCACCCCGCCUGACGUUAAAUCAAUCGACUCGACGCGUUCCCCCGGCGAUCCCAUGGAAGAUAACGACCCUCACUCUACCCGGAAACGCCCUCGUCUUGACAGCGGAAGUGGCAUUCGAGAGAACUGGUCUUCCGAUAAGACCGACCCUGCUCGCAUGUCCGACCAGGCGUCGGACGCUCCUGCUGCCGCCGAGCGCGAAGCUCUGGCGUCAACCCGCCCGGCCAGCAGGGUCACAAUCAACGUCAAAUCCCCAACCACGACUACCGUCCCGGCCGACGAUAUGGCCUCCGUUUCCGCCGUCCCCGAAGAUCCCCCCGCCGCGCAACCCGACCCGACCGGCCCCUCGCAAACCGCUGAAGAUGCCGGAACCCACGCUUCCAAGGCCAUCUCGUUAUCGUCGUCCCCUGCGCAGAGCCCGGAGAUUGAGGUGGCGGAGUUGGAGGAUAUGGACCAGGACCCCAACACCUCAAAUUGGAAGCCACUGGGGGAGGCGCUGGGAGACGGGGACGUUGUACAGCUACAGGACCAACCUCCGUUGACGGAGACCUUCCCUAAACUCCGUCCUGACCAUGACAUUCGCGACAACUUGGAAGAAAUUUGUACCAUCAUCGAGAAGGGGCCUCCACACAACGUGACUGUUUUUCUGGCGGCAAAGGCUUGGCUCGACGACGUUGCGACCAAUUUGGACCAGUUGACCUACGAGGUCUUGGUGGUGGAUCGUGACUUUUGGGAGGAACUUCCUAGCCUAGUGGAAAGCUUGUUACGCAGAGUACAGGAUCUCCCCGCCGAUGAAGGCCAAGGGCCCUGGGUUUGUCUGGAAGAGUUCUUCCUUAGUUUUGCUCGCCUCGCGCUACAUUUGAUCACAAUGGAUGCACUGGUGCUGGACCAAUUCAUCGAAGACACGGAGCUCCGCGUGGCGACAGAAUUGAUCUCGAGAACCUAUGUGUCGGCAUUGUGUUGGAUGGUACAGAUCAACAACAUCCCUCUCUACCGUACCAUGGAAAGAAUCUAUGGCGCAGAGGUUCCGAACAUGGUAGCGCGCAUCAGCGAUCAGAUUGCCUCCCCUCCUCUCGACUACGUGCAGCGCAUGUCCGAUUUUGCCUCGCGCAUCCUAACUCUGAUUCCUCGAUGGCCUCAACUCGCAUCUCCCUUGGCGUCAGCUGUCGCCCUCGUUCAUAGCAUUGUCGAAUCGGGGAACGAGCGUCGGAAGUGGGGAGCAGAUGAUGCCGUUAUCCACUCUAGCGCCUACGUGCACAUCCUUCAAGCGGCCUACAGUACGAUCCAGUCCGUAGACGAAAGGUACCAAGACGGAAUCACCAAGAAAUCUCCUUGGGUAACUAGUGAUAUUAGCGAGGCGUUGCUCCAACACAUUGCGGGCGUGUAUCUCACUGCUUCCUUGCGAAUCCCUGCCAUCGCGCAGCAGAUGGCCAGAGAUCUUGAAAUCGACGUCCCGGAAACUGCAAUGGCUGAGGAACGCGCUUUCAUCAUACAUUAUGCCUGGAAGUUUGCGGCCCUGAAAAAGCACAUCAUGGAUGGUCGUAUGGAGAUAAGGGUCCAAGGGGUCGAGGCCAUGCAAUCGAGCCUUGUUUCGGUGUGGAGACGGUAUAUCCAACAUGAUCCGUCGGGGAUGGAGAAUCCCGUUGUCCAGUACCUCGUGCGGUUCCUGAGAGAGCAUCAGAUCGUCGAGUAUUUGGUUGGAAUCGACUCUCAUCCUCAAUUGAUCAGUAGAAGCGGAAACAUCGUCGGCUUCUUGAUUGUUACCGGCACGUACGCUGAUUCGGACACGGAUACCAUCUGGACGGCCGCGAGAGAGAGCCCGGACCCCAGAACCGUAUCGGAGAUCUUGGGCAUGCUCAUUCGAACAUUCCACAUGCAUCUGUCCGCCUCUCCAUCCCUAAUUUACCUGUGCUCGAAGCUGCUCGAUCUUCCGCUAGCUCGCUUCGAUGCGCGGAUGGUAGAGUUCUGCGAACAGCUGCUCCAUCACAUACGCGAAAAGCAUACGGAAAGGCACCCAUUAUUGGAUGCGCCGCAUGUGGACGUCAUCCCGCUACGUUUGUGUGUACGUCUGAUCCGCGAGAGCGCAGCGGCCGCGGAUUUCUCCGUGGAGCACAAGGCCCUGUUGCAGAAAUUUGCAAGCUCCCAGCUGCGCUUGAUUAUGGAUGCCGGACUCAGUGACGCGGAUAAAAUGGAGACGUAUGAACGAUGCAUCCAGGACAUCGCCGAGAUGAACGAUUUUGCAGUGGGAAGUAUUCAGGCGCUGGGCGCCCUCCUCCCGAGCUACGAUUCCCGCGAGAUCCACCAGCUGGCCACCGAGUUCGACCUGAUCCGCCUGGUGUUCAACAACAUCGUCCGUGCGGUGGACCAGAACGGCACCGACUUUCUACAGGAUUCAUUUGCAAAGACCGCCUUCGUUUCGCGCAUUAAUUUGCUGAAUCGCAUUAUCGACCAGGUCGCAGAGCUUAUCACACCCGAUCUUGCCGACUUGUUGUGGCAGGAUGUGUUCAUGUCCAAGAAGCUUUCGCAGCAGGGGAGACGCGCCUUUUGGGACAUGCUCUCGAGUCUCACGAGACAAAGCGCCAAGCCGAAUCCGUUCAUCGAGCGCUGCAUCCACGAGUACCUUCCAGGGCUCUCGCCUAGCGAGGGCUGCUUCCCCGAGAUUCUUCUGUUUGCGAAGCACACCAUCAGCUACGAAGUUCGCUUCAACCCCCCACCCAUUGCGGGUGAGAAUGAGGUUGUCUCGAUUCCGGGCAUAGACCGCAUAUGGCGUUUCAUUUUGACGUCUCCCCCGGGCUCCAUUGAAACUGACGCGACCAACUUUGCUAUUGAGGUCUACCUGGAUCAUAACAUCAUCCACCGGUCACCCCGAUCGGCCGUCGAGGCUACGCACAUUGCCCUAGUGGACCGCUGUGUGGAACAGCUGAAGUCUGCGGCGUCCAGUCUAAAGUCCACGCCUCGCGAUGAUACCAAUGGCGUGGAGGAGACGGGCAAGGAACCAGGGGUGGAAGUUUCCAAGCCGGACCUUCCGGCUGAAGAGCUGAGAUUCAGUCGCUCACUUCUCUUUCUGCGCCAGUUCUUGCAGGGGCUUCGAAGCCGGCCCCAGUACAGUCCCCCGCAAAAUUCGCCGCCGGGGUUACCGGACAGGCCGGUGAAAGGCGAACCGAUCAGCCUCCGAUAUCAAGCUUUUGACGGUAGUGCGCAGUCCAAAGUUCGUUGUUUGCAGAUUGGGGAUCUCUCGACUGCGUCGGAGCUUUACGAUCAAUUUGCGCAGUUGACUGGCUUCUCUAAGAUGAAUAUCAUCUUUAGUGGACGUAGAGUUGACCUGCUUGAGAAGCCCGAGUCAAGCAUCCGCGAACUAAGACUCAAUGCUGGAUUAGUGCUUAUCCGUCGUCAUCCGGAUAGCCGGGAGGCAACAUCGCGGGGAGGACGGCGCCAAUCCUUGACGUCUGUUGACUCCGAAGUGCUCAAGCAUUUUGAUGAUCUCUAUGACCUUCUCAGUCUACCCGACAACUUGGCUCGGGAAAUAUACGACUUUCUUAUGGUGUUUCCCCCACAGGAGAGGGUUCUCCAGUUGGUCAAGUCCACCUCCAACACCGAAGACGAUAUGUUCCCUAUGGACAAACCAUAUAACUUCCUCUAUUCAACGAAUGCCCUCAUGAUCUGUCUGAGAGAGGAGAAUGUCGAGGUUAGUUGGAUUUCAAUUCAUUCAUGUAGGCCGCUUUUCCUCGCUGACACGAUUCAAAAACAGUCAUCGCCAAAUCAGACAUUCGUGUCCCAUAGUAUUCAUGUCUUGGUCGCCGCCUUAACACGCCCCGAUAUGCGCGAGUCUCUGGAGGACCAUCCGAGACUUCUGUUCGUGACAACCCUCGUCGAAUGCCUUGGCCAGGCGCUGCUAGCGAAACACCCCGUGGCAGAUGAACCAUCGCCGAUCCCAAAUGCAGUGGCGCUAGUCCAACAAUUGCGGCAUCUAAUGGAAAUUGGACGCAAGAUGAACGAGUCCCAACUCCCAGGAAACACUAGACAAAAGUUGAUAUGCUACUCAUUCGACAGUUUACUCGAAGCCUCUGCACGCGACCAUGAGUUUUGGGACGUGGUUAAACAACAAGUGCAGUUCUCUGAGCUGCUGUUUUCGCUCCUCCUCGAAGAGAGCCACCCGCCGAUUCGGAAAUGCAUCAGAGAGACCAUCAAUGCUGCCAUUAUCUACUCCAAAUCUUCCAAAAAACAGGCUAAACCCUUGGAUACCGACGCCCUUGAAGCGCGCGAUGAUUCUCCCCUCGAAAGCCCGGUUAGAGUCGAUAUUCUGGCAACCAUCUGGGAUGCCUUUUUGCAGAACUUUUCACGUACUUUGGAAUACGUACACCAGUCCCCGGAGUUCUUCGAAGUGGCCACCGAGGUAUUUUUCCCAGUUGCCGAGAAGUCCCCGGGUGACCUCAUCCUUGGCGAAUAUCUCAGGCAAUGGAGUGACAUCAUGUUCAGCCAUCCGGCCAAGGAGCUCGUUGGCCGUGAAUUGAUAGACAAUGUAAUCCAUGGCUUCAUCCGUCUAAUCCGGCUGUGCCUUGAGGCGGCCAGUGUACACGGUAUCCGAGUGGACACGCUCAACUUAGCCGAGGAUUUGUUCGACAAAUAUCUAUUCCCUGACCUGUCGUCGUCCCCAUCGUCAAACCAGGCAAUUGUUCCUCGAACGCCUGUCCUGCACCCGCACACUCGCCAGGAGCUCUACACUGUCAUUAUCUUGCUCUGCGGCCAAGAAGAGAACUACAUUAGAAUUCUCGACCGCAUGGACGAGAUCAUUCCCCAGGGCUAUACUUUCUCGGCUAAUUGGGCUUACGACCGCUACAAGAUGAUCCGGUCACCGGAAGGGUAUGCUGGGCUCAAGAACCUGUCCAACACCUGCUACAUGAACUCUCUCCUGAGUCAACUCUUUAUGAACGUGGGCUUCCGUGACUUUAUGAUGCAGCUCCGCCUAGGAAAUCCGGAGUCGUCACAGAGACUAUUGGAUGAGACGAAGAAGGUCUUUGGCUAUAUGCAGGAAACAUGGCUUAAGAGUGUCGACCCGCAAGGCCUGGUGGACUCUAUCUGCACGUACGACAACGAACCGGUCGAUGUUACUGUGCAGAUGGACGUUGAUGAAUUUUAUAACUUAUUGUUCGACCGGUGGGAGGCUCAGAUAUCGGACCCGCGGGACAAGAAAACGUUCCGGUCGUUUUACGGCGGCCAGCUAGUCCAGCAAAUCAAAUCUAAAGAGUGCCCUCAUAUCUCGGAACGCCUAGAACCUUUCUCUGCCAUUCAGUGCGAUAUCAAGGGAAAGGCGAGCCUCGAGGAAAGUCUCCAGGCUUAUGUGGAAGGAGAGAUCAUGCAGGGAGACAAUAAGUAUUCUUGCACUUCCUGUGGGCGACACGUCGAUGCCGUCAAGAGGGCUUGCCUGAAAGAAGUGCCCGACAACCUCAUCUUCCACCUCAAGCGGUUCGACUUCGAUAUGGUUUCGAUGCUCCGCAGUAAAAUCAACGACGAGUUUCAUUUUCCUGAGCGGGUGGACAUGAGUCCUUUCAAAGUUGAAUACCUUUCCGAGCAGGACCCUGAAGUGAAGGAGGAUAUCUUCGAGCUGGUCGGUGUUUUGGUUCAUAGUGGCACGGCCGAGUCUGGCCACUAUUACUCCUAUAUCCGCGAAAGACCUGCAGCUGCUGGCACUGGUGGCUCGUGGGUGGAGUUCAACGACUCGGAAGUCAGUCGAUUUGAUCCUAAACGGAUCCCAGACCAAUGUUUUGGAGGUUACAACGACAAUGCCAACCACACCGCCAUGGGCCAAGUGCGUUACUGCAAGGCCUGGAACGCUUACAUGCUCUUCUAUCAGCGCGUGUCGGAUGCCGAGUCGGCCAGAUCGGAAUACCAGCCCAUAACAGAGCAGUAUCCCGUGCGCGUGCAGCUCCCUGUGCCACUUGCGAAUCACAUCACGAUGGAAAAUGAGAUCUUCAUUCGGACAUAUUGCCUGAUGGACCCGCCUUACGUCACGUUUGUCCGAUACUUGCUUUUGGAGCUGCCAAAGGUUCAGUCUAAGCAGGGGGAUUCUUCUAAUAUAGACCGGAAGGCCAUUUUCAUUGUGAUGGAUACACUGGAGCAGCUGGUGUCGAGAGCGAAGGAGCCAGUGGGAUUGGAUCUGAUCAUGAAUCAGAUCGGCCGAUCGAUUGAAGAGAUUCCCAGAACGGCCUACAGGAUCCUCCAGUGGGUGGUACAUCGACCAGCGGGCAUCCGCAACCUGUUGAGGAGCCCCCAUGCUUCUGUUCGCAACAGCUCAGUCAGAAUUUUCAUCUGUGCCCUCUCCAAAUUGCAGAGGCUUGCUAUCAAUAAUGACGCGGAACCUGAGAGUCUCGAGAGCCAGAAGUGGCGCGUGCGAUAUUUGGAUGGCGUCGAAAACGUGGUCGCUACGCUCGAAGGCGCUUGGGCGACACUGCAUACGAUGUUCCGAGCCUGGGACGAUUACUUUGAGUUUUUGUUGCUCCUUGCAAAUUUGGGGACCGAGGAAGCGGGAAUGGUCCUCAAUUACGGGUUCCUACUCAAGUCUUUGGAAAUUUUGUGGAUUGACCUAGAAGACACGAAGCGACUCAAGCGCCAGUACCUUGGUUACUUUAAGCUCGUGGAGAAGGGCCGGAGAUUCUCCCACAGAAAGAUGAUGGAUCUUCUGGCCUCGUUGCUGACGCGCAUUGAUUUCCAUGCUCCGCCCACCCCUGAUGACGAGCGACGGGUCUUGCCCGAAGGCACCUACCAUCUGACCGUCUCGGAAAAUGAUCUCCUCCGAUCUGUUGGGAGAAACGACGAGCUAUCUAUCCUGAAAAGGAUUCUUCACUCAUAUAGUAACCCUCUAGCAUGUCGAAACAUCGUCGGCCUACUGUUGGAUGCCGAACCCCAGGCCGGCCUGCUCGAUCCCAUCUGUAAGGUCCUCGAGGAUGGCCUUCGCGUCGCCCCGGCCGACCUUUGCACGCCAUUCUUGGAGGCGACCCUGACCUUCUGUCGACGCGGUCCUGAUGAAGACCGAAUUGCCGCCAUGAUUGACUAUGUUGCAAAGGGGCUUGACUCCAUCAAUGAUCGCGGCGGCAAAGAGCACCUCGCCUUUUUCAGGAGUGUCAUGGUCUGCAGCAACGACCGACUCGGCCUUGACGAGCGGUGGUUCCUCUCUCAUCUGAUCAAUAGAAUUCCCGAUUGGGCUCCGACGUUGCUCAUGUUUCCGGACAGAACCGUGAGAAACAUGACGAUGGAAAUAUUACGUGGCAUCCUAUUUACGAGGGAAAAUGUAGGCGAGGAUGACUGGCAGUCACGCCAUGCCCAGGUUGCUAGAGAUCUGGUCUCGUCUAGUGUGGACAGGUUAAGAAAUCUAUACAUGGGUGCUCAUGACACGGGUCUCGAAACAAAGCUCCUGGAGACGAUGAAAGCCGUCAUGGACCACUGCUUGGCCACCUAUUUUGACGACAGUGAAGAGGAUCAGCAGGCUAUUGAACAGGCUCGCAUGGUGUUGGCGGCUGUCGAGGAUUUAGCAGUCGAUGUUCCCGAGGAGCUAGGAUCGGAGGAAUGGGAAGACAAUUCCGUCGUGAGCGAUUCGGAAAUGGGAAUGGCAGGCUCUCCCUAG